AUGGCUUCUUCAAAUGGCUUUGGCUCUAGCACUAGCUCUUCAGGAUCACCAUGUGGGGCAUGCAAGUUUCUCCGUAGAAAGUGUACAUCUGAAUGCAUAUUUGCACCUUAUUUUUGCUGUGAAGAAGGACCUAAUAGAUUUGCAGCUAUUCAUAAAGUGUUUGGUGCUAGCAACGUUUCUAAGAUGCUCUUGCAUAUACCUCCUCAAGAUCGCUAUGAUGCUGUUGUCACAAUUGCUUAUGAAGCUCAAGCUCGUAUUAUAGAUCCAGUUUUUGGUUGCGUCUCCCAUAUUUUUGCUUUGCAGCAACAGGUAGCAAGCUUGCAAGCACAACUGAUGCAAGUGAAGGCAUGUCUGAGUCAAAACAUAGAAGAGUCAAAGAACAUGGGGAAUCAGUGGUCAGGGAAUGUUGCUAAACAACAGUUAAUCAAUCCAAUUUGUGCCACUAACAUGAACCCUAUAUCUCCUAAGAGUUCGCUUGAGUCGAUUGAUUAUAGCAGCUGCAGCAUCAGUGAUGGAAUGAGCAUGCAAGACAUACAAAGCAAUAGAGAGGGUUUCACUUUCUCAUUCCAAGCUUGUUCUAAGAAAAAUAAUAAUUUGACUGAGCUUCAAGAACUGGCUCUCAGAAUGGCAGGGAACUAA